CCAGGUCAAACAGGUUCCUUGGAGAGAUCCUGAACUCUCACCUAUUCCUGCAGAAGAAGGGAGCUGAGCUACAAUGGAAGUCCAGUUCAGUGGUGUGGGGUCCAACCCAGAAAGUUCAAGGAGCAGCCAUGAGCUUGGAAGCCAAAAUCAAGGAAGUCCCCAACUGAGAAUUGUCUUACUUGGAAAAACUGGAGCAGGAAAGAGUUCAACAGGGAACAGCAUCCUUGGGGAAAAAGUGUUUCGUUCUGGCCUUUGUGCAAAAUCCAUUACCAAGGUCUGUGAGAAAAGGGUGAGCACCUGGGAUGGGAAAGAGCUCGUUGUCGUGGAUACACCUGGUAUUUUUGACACUGAGGUACCAGAUGCUGAAACACAAAAGGAGAUCACUCGCUAUGUUGCCCUGACCUCUCCAGGGCCUCAUGCUCUGCUCCUCGUGGUCCCACUGGGGCGUUAUACUGUGGAAGAACACAAGGCCACACAGAAAAUUCUGAACAUGUUUGGCACAAAGGCUAGAAGAUUCAUGAUUCUCUUGCUCACCAGGAAAGAUGACUUGGAAGACACCGAUUUCCAUGACUACUUAGAAACGGCUCCUGAAGUCCUUCAAGAAGUGUUCUGUGAGUUCCAGAAUCGCUACUGUUUGUUUAACAACAAAGCCUCGGGAGCUGAACAGGAAGCGCAGAAGACAGAGCUGUUGACCUUGGUCCAGAGUCUGGUGAGGGAAAAUGGCGGAAGAUGCUUUACUAACAAGAUGUAUGAACGUGCCGAGGGCGUGAUUCAGAAACAGACAUGGAAGAUGCAAGAAUUUUACAGAGAGGAACUGAAGAGAGAGACAGCGCGGAUAAGACAGGAGUAUGAAGAAGAGAUUAGAGAUCUGAAAGAUGAACUGGAGAGGGAGAGGAGAAAGGCACGCAUGGAGAGGGAGUUCAAAGAGAAGGAGAUUAGCUUUACAGAGAGACAACAAAAUGCCAGGAGGGAAGUUGAGAACACAAGUAUGAUAAUUGACUUAAUCAUAAAAGCAUGGGAGAUUGCUUCCUUUAUCUUCAACCAGUUUAUGAAAGACUAGACUUAGCCUAAAAGACUAGACUUUAUCUCUAUUUUCUCUAUUUCCCUUGAUAACCCUGCGCUACAAAUCUGGCUCAAUGACUAAAUGCUCCAGUUCCUGUCUUCCAGGACGAAGGGAUGAAGUCAAGUUUACCAUUGGCAGUUGUUCAAUUGGCUUACCAAGAAACUGACCAAUCUUCAAUUUGUGAAACUCCAAAGCAGAAUACAUUACUGCUUGCUACCUUGUGUUCUUCCUCAGUGAAAGCCACCCAGGAGGCCACAGAAAAUGACUGUAAGAUGGAUCCACUUCUCUGGAUUCUCCACAGUAAUUGUCACCUGUAGGUUCUACACAUGGUGCUCAUCUUUUGGACAACGGUCUUGUAUGUUUUAUUAGGAAGUUCAACUCUUUGCAUGAGGUAGUCUUUAGUCAGAGAUAGAAGGCAUACAGUUCUCGAUGGAUGUCAGGUUUGUUUAAUUAUAUUUUCAUGAAUGGCAUCAAAUUAUUCCCCAGCUGCCCUUUGAAGGCAAAGCAGAUCUCACAAGUCAAGUAAUCCAGGGUGAGCACAAGUUCAACAGGCAACCCUACAAUGUUUGCUGUGUUCAGAUGAGCCUCUAGAAGCUCUCUCUCCAACCUGUUAACCAGUUUGAUCAAUAGUCAGCUCUCUCGGUGAGAAAUGAUCUAGUUACUGCAACCCUGAAUCACCAUACAUCCAAUCAUGCUGCUUCUGCCCCCACCCAGCUAAUUUGCUUAUUGCUGUUAUAAUAAACUUUUCUGUUGCCUCAUACAU